AUGGUACGAUGUCAGUCGUUGUGUUUGGAACCGAAUUAUAUGGUCGAUGAGACAUAUUUUCAUGUCGGUUGCGGCCCAUGUCGUGAAAGUACAACAGAUGUUAUGGUUGAAAUAUUCGCUGAUCUACCGUUACAGAUUGGUAGUCGAAAUUUAGCGCUGAAGCUUCAACACUACAGCUUUUUGAAUGCUGCUCAAAUGUUGUACGCUGUGGGACGGUAUGAACCAGUUUUAGCCUAUCAUAAAUUACCUAUUGCAGAGGGUAAACAUAUGCAAUUAAUGUUUAAGGGGUCUACAAUUAAAGCAUAUUUAGCACAUAUUAGUUUGUAAAAGUUGCCAUAAGUAUUUGUUUGAUUUUUUAGUAUUGUUAGAUCAGAGUGUAGCACAUCAUCCGUAUCCACAGCAUACGGAGAUUGCAAAAGAUUGA